AUGGUGCGUCUCGAUACACUCCGAGAAACCAACUUCUGGCACGACACUCUUGCCGCAUCAAACUGCCUGCGCGCACGAAACCCAUUAAAAAAUCUGUUGGCUUUAAAACCCAAUUUUUUCUUUCACUCUAUCUGCAAGGGUCUUAAGAUGUACGUUGCAACAUACAUAGUAGUGAAUUCGAACUUUGUAGUUGCCACCGCUUUAUUGGUGGUCGUGGCGGUGUACAUAUGGAAGGAGUUUAGAGACAAGGGAGACAAAGAUCAGCAAGGGGUUGGCGUGUCUGGUGAUGGAGACCAUCCGCUCUGCCCCUGUUGCUGCCGCCCUGCGGUUGAACAGGGAGUGGGGAAGGAGCAGGAGCGACAGCAGAGUGAGAAGGAGCAGGAGGGGCAGCAGGGAGAAGGGAAGGAGCAGGAGGGGCAGCAGAGUGUAGGGAAGGAGCAGGAGGGGCAGCAGGGAGUAGGGAAGGAGCAGGAGGGGCAGGGGCAGGAGAGGCAAUACGAGCUGUAG